CGACAAGGAAAGGUCUCUCGGUGAAGUGCAAGAUAGGUGAUCGAGCCCUUGGAUCGGGUCUAACAUGGAUUCAUUCUCCUUAGUUUCUUGUCCCUAUGCUGGGGGCCAAGAAACAAGUUGCUACCCAUCCCCUUAGGCGAGAGACGGCGAAACACUUCCAUCGUAUGAGUUUAUUCAAUGGGGUCACUAUGUAUCCUGUCCCAAAUUUCUUCCCCGGAGAAACCACCCCGCCUGAACCACACUAAGGUAUAGAGUGGAGAAAGAAACAUUCAUCUUUCAGCAGCGUGACCAAAUCUUAGGAGGUCUGAGGUCUGUAAAAUUUAUUGCUCUAAAAUGAAGAUUCAGCUCGUCUGAGGGCCCGAGAGCCUCUACUCAACAUUAUAAGGGGCAGUACCGCCUUGGAAUUGUCUGUUGGAAUAUCUCUCAUCACCAAGCCAGAAGCCGCUCUCCUCAAUUCGAAUUCGUGUUGACCUUCACAGUCCGUCAGCAUGGGUUUCAUGAUCAAGAAACCGGAAGACACCCCAGGAGCAUCCUGGCCAGCAAUUGUCAUCGGUCUUUUCGUUGCGUUUGGAGGUGUUCUCUUUGGAUAUGACACUGGAACCAUCAGCGGCAUUCUUGCCAUGCCACACUGGCAAGAUCUCUUCUCAACCGGGUAUCGCGACAGCACGGGACAUUUAAAUGUGUCGUCCUCGCAAUCAGCUGCCAUCGUCUCUAUCCUCUCUGCUGGGACAUUUUUUGGCGCUCUUGGUGCUGCCCCUAUCGCGGACCGUCUUGGACGUCGUUGGAGUCUUAUCGCCUCCUCUUUCGUCUUUAUCUUAGGAGUGGCUUUGCAGACUGCUGCCACGGCAAUACCCAUUUUCCUCGCGGGUCGAUUCUUUGCCGGAUUCGGAGUUGGUUUGAUUUCAGCUCUCAUUCCUCUCUACCAGUCUGAAACUGCCCCACGAUGGAUCCGUGGAUCAAUCGUCGGCGCUUACCAACUUUCCAUCACCAUUGGCUUGCUACUGGCGUCAAUCGUGAAUAAUGCAACCAAGGACCGGGAUGACACAGGAUCCUAUCGGAUCCCUAUUGCGGUUCAGUUUGCGUGGGCAAUCAUCCUCAUUACUGGUAUGCUUUUAUUACCGGAUACACCUCGCUUUAUGAUUAAGAAAGGCGAUCGGGAGAGUGCCGCCAGGGCCUUGGGCCAACUUCGCCGCCUGUCACCAGAGGACCCAGCUGUCCAGGAUGAACUGGCCGAGAUUCAGGCCAACCAUGAAUAUGAACUGAGUCUUGGGAAAUCUACAUAUAUUGAUUGUUUCAGGGGAAAUCUCCUCAAACGCCUGGCUACAGGCUGUGCCCUUCAGGCUUUACAACAGCUAACGGGUAUCAACUUCAUUUUCUACUACGGAACACAGUUCUUUAAGAAUUCCGGCUUCCAUAACUCUUUCACGAUUAGCUUAAUCACUAACUGUGUCAAUGUUGGCUCGACUUUUCCUGGCCUGUGGGCCAUUGAGAAAUGGGGUCGCCGUCCAGUCCUCCUUUCAGGGGCCAUUGGCAUGUGUGUGUCUCAGUUCAUCGUCGCCAUCUUGGGAACGACGACGACCGGUCAAGAUGCUACGGGCAAUAUCAUUGUCCAUAAUGAAAUGGCUCAGAAAGCUGCUAUUGCUUUUAUUUGUCUGUAUAUUUUCUUCUUCGCCUCCACAUGGGGACCAAGUGCAUGGGUUGUUACUGGCGAGAUCUUCCCACUAAAAGUCCGGGCGAAGUCCCUCUCAAUGACUACAGCCACAAACUGGCUUUUGAACUGGGCAAUUGCUUAUUCAACCCCUUACCUGGUUGACUAUGGCCCUGGUAAUGCUAACCUUCAGUCGAAAAUCUUCUUUAUCUGGGGUGGUUGCUGCUUUAUCUGUAUCUCAUUUGUAUACUUCAUGAUCUACGAGACCAAGGGUCUCACACUUGAACAGGUGGAUGAGCUGUAUGCAGAAGUUAGCUCUGCAAGACACAGCACUACUUGGGCCCCUUCUGUGACUUUCAGAGAAAUUCAACAAGGUAAGGGUACUGUAAAGCACGAGGAGAGCAUUGCAUAGACUAAGGUCUAAAUCUAUGGGCAGGAAGUUUAUGUGAUCUAAAGAAUAAUUGUGAUUAUUGUAUUCAAUUUCCAGAUUAGCUCUCUGUUGUUAG